AUCAGACCCAUCAGACCUCCACGCAUGCUUUCUCUCUUCUUUGCGUGCUACUCAGGAACCGAUUGGGGGUACAAGGCCUGUCUGGAGAGCCGGGUAAUAAGCGGGAGGACCUGGAAGUGGAUUGUUUAUUCUUAUUUUUUUUUAUAGAUAGGAUAAGCUUAUUGGGUGAUCGGCACGCACGCUCUUCUUUCGCUGCGGAUGGCACGCGAAUGAGCGGCUUUGAUUUUUUUUGUCACUUUCAUCCUAAGUGGAGGUGACAAGGAAAAGCGAGAAAGAGUGCAGGAGGGGGGAAGUUUGACGGACAUGGCGAUGGUGGCGUGGAGGAACCCCGAGGAGGGGACGCUCUCUUCCCCGAUAUCGCAUGUUGCUCCCUUGGCUCUGCCGGUGCACAUGAACCCACCGUCGGCUUCCCUGGAGAUGCCCCGCGUUGCAGCACCACCCACCGCCGCCACCACCAACACUAACAAUAGUUCUUCUUCGUCGUCCUCGUCGUCGUCGGACAAGCAGGCGAGCGCGCACAUCGAGUGCAUCGUGUGCGGCGACAAGUCCAGCGGGAAGCACUACGGCCAGUUCACUUGCGAGGGCUGCAAAAGCUUCUUCAAGCGCAGCGUGCGCCGCAACCUGAGCUACACCUGCAGGGCCAGCCGAACCUGCCCCGUCGACCAGCACCACCGCAACCAGUGCCAGUACUGCCGUCUCAAGAAGUGCCUCAAAGUGGGCAUGCGGAGGGAAGCGGUGCAGCGAGGCCGGCUCCCCCCGGCGCAGUCGUUCCACGGCCAGUUCUCCCUGAGCACGGGGGAGCCCCUGCAGUGCCACUCGUACCUGUCGGGCUACAUCUCGCUGCUGCUACGGGCCGAGCCGUACGCCACGUCGCGCUUCGGCUCGCAGUGCCUGCCGGCCGGUGGCUCGGUGGGCAUCGAGAAUAUCUGCGAGUUGGCGGCGCGCAUGCUGUUCAGCGCCGUGGAGUGGGCCCGGAACAUCCCCUUCUUCCCCGACCUGCAGGUGUCCGACCAGGUGGCUCUGCUGCGGCUCACCUGGAGCGAACUUUUCGUACUCAACGCGGCGCAGUGCGCCAUGCCAGUGCACGUAGCGCCGCUACUGGCCGCCGCCGGCCUGCACGCAGCCCCCAUGUCGGCCGAGCGCGUGGUGGCUUUCAUGGACCACAUCCGGGUUUUCCAGGAGCAAGUGGAGAAGCUCAAGACUCUGCACGUGGACUCGGCCGAGUACGCCUGCCUUAAGGCCGUCGUGCUAUUCACUACAGACGCAUGCGGCCUGUCGGACUCGGCGCAUGUGGAAGGUCUUCAGGAGAAGUCUCAGUGCGCGCUGGAGGAGUACGUGCGCAGCCAGUACCCGAACCAGCCCAGCCGCUUCGGCCGCCUGCUGCUGCGACUUCCGUCUCUGCGCUCCGUGUCGUCGGCUGUCAUCGAGCAGCUUUUCUUCGUGCGGCUGGUGGGCAAGACGCCCAUAGAAACGCUCAUCCGCGACAUGCUGCUGUCGGGCGGCAGCUUCAACUGGCCUUACGUGCCCGUCCAGUAGCGCCCCUCUGUGGGGGGAGGGUGACUCAGCUGAGGUAAUAUCGUCUCUUCCAGGAUGGACUUGCACAGCCUAAGACAUGACAUUGGAGAGACACAAAAUAGAUAGAACGUGCGCAUCAAAAACUGAUUUGCGGCCACUAAUCUGUGUUUUGUUUUGGGUUUUUUUGUUUUUACUAUUUUUUUUUGUUUUGUUUUCAGCUAUUUGCUGAAACACUCACCCGUUCGCAACGUUGUAAGUAUUGUGUGCGCAUACAAUAUUAUUUGUUUGAUAUCAUUCCCAUGAACAACUUUAGUCCUAGGUGUAGAAUAAUGGAACACAGGGUUUUCUUAUCUUAUCUUUUUAUUAAAGGUGCGCUCCAUUUGACUUGACAACUGUCUAGGAAUGAGAUGAAUUUCAUUCAUGUAUUUUGUGAGCACAUUAUGCCUAUUUCAUGGCCACAGAUUAGCACUUUGUGUGCACAUUUUAUCUAUAUUGUGGUAAAAACUACCCCACACACCCCCGUCCUGUCUGUGGCUCCGAACAAACUUUUCCUAUUUGAGAUUACUGGACAUUUUUUGCAGUGUUGUAAAAGAUCUAUAGCCCCGUGUGUGUAUAUUUAUCAUAGUUGUCAUUUAAGAAAAAUGUUUUAAAAAGGCAGCAGGGCUUUUUCAAGAUAUUUGUUGUUGUGUGUUUGUCAAUAUAUUUCUUUUUCAUUUCCAGAGAUGGCACUUUUUUCUGUUAAGGACUAAACAAACAAAAAAAAAAGUAAAAUUUUACACGAAAAGCACGCACAACCUAGCAAUUAGCUCAAUUUAUAUAGCAAGAAUGCAAUUGAGUAUAUCAGUAAUGUCAUUACUUUUUGUAACAGCCAGUAAAAAGCAAACCUCGACACAUUUUGUUACUUUUAUAUUUUUAUUUAUUUAUAAUUGUGUGUGUUUUUUUACACUGUUGUUGUUUGGUUGAAACACAAAACUGAUGGGGAAAAAUUUAAAACUCAAUUUGGAGAUAUUUUUCAUUCGACAGCAAUGAUGGAUUUUCUGAACAACAAUAACUAUUUUUUAUUUUUAAAAUUAUCAACCAAAUAUAUUCGUUUGAUUUUUACUCCACAACAUGCAAAUAUCCAAUUUUGUUGUUGUCAUUUUGACAAUCCUCAAACUGUAAAAACAUUCAAUAGAAACGUGCAAAAAGAUUGGAAAAAAUUUAUUUCUUUUUUUCCAAUUGGUGACUGAAUGAAAUCAUUCAUUAUUCAAAGAACAAUUUCAAGAAAUUCGUCAAAACUCACACCAGCCAACAAUAUUAGGGACUUGAAAAAAAAAUCAUUAUUUUAUUUAUAAUGAAAAUAUUGUAGUAAUAUAUUGUGUUAUUAUCACGGCUCGUAAGAUGUGUAAAUUGUCCUUCUCGAGAUUUUUCGUUUCCAAGUAAGUAAUGACAUUGCUCAUUGCUGCGUGUGCGCGCGUGUGCGUGCGCGUGUGUGUUCUUUUUGGACAAACACUCAUGUUCUGUGAAAGCGUAUUUGUUUAACAUAAUUGCUACUGUGUUAAAUUAUAACUCAUCAUUUGUACAAGAAAUAAUGAUAAUAAAGUGUAUUUGAUUUUAACACA